CUUAUUUUAAUAAAUAUAAUGUCUAAGUGGGCAGAAAGCAAAUAUGAAGGUGAAUAACUAGAAGGUUGGUUUCAUGGAAAAGGCAAAUACUAUUUUAGUAAUGGAGUCAUCUAUGAGGGUGAUUUUUUUAAAGGAGAAUUUCAUGGAGAUGGGACUCUCAUUUUUCCUAAUGGGGUAUUUCAUUAAGUGUCCUAAUAUUGUCUAGGGAUAAUACAAAGCAAAAUGGGAGAGAGGAAAGAUGCUUGAUGGAACUUAUUUUUUUGAAGAUCAUUUGAAAUAUGAGCCUAUUGAUUGGAAAUAUUGUAUUGGAGAUGAUAGACGAUUUCAUCAAGAAAUCAAAUAAAGUAUCAAACCUGCAGGAAUUACUCAAAUGACUAAGGAUGAUAUUCUUAUUGAAAUUCCUGAGGGUACUUAUGGUAUUACUUUUUUUAUAAUUUAAUUUCAGAUGUUGGAGAAGGUUAUUAUGAACCUGUGAAAUCAAUUAUUUAUAGAUAUGAUGGAUCUAUCUUAAGAACACCUAGUGAACCAGAAGUCGAGAACAUAUUAAAGAAGUGUAGAUACAAUCCUAAGAAAGACUUUAUUAUUGAUGGAAAGAAUGAUAAAGUGAUUCAGAAGAUGACUUAGAAGUCUUAGUGA